GGUUCCUUGAGCAUGUUUGGCAGGAGCGGCUCCGGCAUUUCAAGGCGGACGCCCUGGAGAAGGACCAGCGCGUGCUGGAUGCCGAGAAGAAGCUGGAGCAGCUGGCGAGGAGCCUCGGAGCGGAGGGCGUCGUUGCGGAGAACCGGGAGCUCUCCCGGCAGAAUGCAGACAUGAAGCGCCAGGUUGGCGAGGCCAAGCGAGACCUUGCCAACUACCUCUCGGAGGCAGCCAACAUUGUUUACGAGAACGACCUUCUACGCAGCAUUGCCAAUGUGAAGCCAGAGCAGCUCAAGUUGAAGGACUUCAAGCUGAAGGACAAAGUCACCUCAGCCAAGGCAGUGGCUGCCGCGAAACAGAUGGAGAAGGAGGUGGCAGAGCUGGAAGCCGAACGUGGCAAGCUGAAGGCUCGGCUGCGGCAGCUGUCCGAGCUCGCAGCAGAGAAGGUUUCUUUGCUCCACAACCUGCAGCCGGAGCAAAUGCUGCAGUUGGAGGAGAUCGCAGCUCGGAUGCGAAAGGGAAAGCUGGAGUUGCCCUUGGACGAUCAGAGCCGACAACUCAAAGAGGAGAGGGACGAGCUCUCAAAGCGGCUCGCUGCGAAGGACCGGGAGGUGGCGGAACAUGUGGACAGGAAAGUGGAGGAGGUCCUGAAGAAGCAAGGCGCCACCAAGGACCUUGAGGCAAAGGUGGCAGCUCUGGAGAAGGACAAUGAGAUGCUCCAGUCAUCGCUGGAGGCCUACAAGGCAGGAUACGCCGAGCUAGUCAUGCAGCAGGAGUCACCCCGCCUCCGCCUGGUCCGGCUGGCGGCCGAGGCGUGGACGCGUUCCAUUCCCGACGCAAACGAAGCCUUCUGCCAUGGGCCUAUCGGCCCAACGGCCCGGCCAGGUCCUGCCGAAGAUGCCAGGGAUGCAGCCGAUGGUGUGGUCAUCUCUGCUGCAGGCGAGGUCUGUUCGCUCUACUGCCAAGUGGUGGAAGCUUUGGAGGAGCUCUCCCGCGAGCGCUCUCUGCGCGAGGGUCUCGCGGAGGAGGUCUCCUCUUUUCAGCAAAGGUUUGAUCGUCUCCUCGCAGAGCAAGAAGUGCUGUACAAGGACUACUUUGCACAGCGGGAGGAGUGGCUGGCGACGACCCGGAGCCUCGAGGAGCGCUUGCGGCUUCAGGGAGACUUGCUAACAGACUGCCAGCAAAAGUGCGAGAUCUCAGAGGGCCAGAUGAGAACCUGGCAGCGUCUGGCUGAAGGGACGGCGCCCGAGCUUCAAGAGGAGCUUGUUUCUGCCAUGGGCCGCAUUGCGGCGCUGGAGCAAAACGAAAGUGUUCUCUCACGCAAAGUGGAGGCUGAAAGACAGGGACACAGCAUUGUGAAGGAGGCCUUCGACAACUUGCAGAAAGACUGCUGCGAGCGAGAAGGCUUCCUGAAGGAGCGCCUUUCCAAGGCAGUCCUGUGGAAGAGGCGGGGUGCGAAUGCCCUGCGCAUCGCACGCCGGAAGAUCCAGUCCAUGGUGGCCAGCUCCGACUACGAGCGCGUACAGCAGCAGCUGCAGGUGUGCCGCCAGCGCGAGUUCGACCUAUCCAGGAGGCAGACAGAGCUGACCUUGAAGGUGGCCCAGCAGGAAGACAAGCUGAGGGAGAUGAUGGACCUUCAAGAUCGCUGCAGGAGCUUGGAUCACCUUGUGCGGGAGACAGAGCAGGAGUUCACAGUACUCCGCCGCCGACUCCAGCUCCGAGAACCACGCUUUGCUGCUGAGGUGGCGCUCUUCACGCGCCUGACGGCGGAGCUGCAGCGGACCCUUGGCUUCGUGGGCAGCUUCGAGGCUGCAGCGAGAGCUCUGGGCCUUGCCGAGGCUCGCGUCGCAGGUCUGGGCUUCGAGGCUGGUGCAGCCAUCAGUGUCGAAGCUUCUUUAGAUGAGAAGCUGCGCAAGUUCGAUGUCAACAAUGAUGGAUUCAUUACUCUCGGAGAUCUCCGAAAGUUCUUUGAAAGCCACUGA